CCUAUUUGAGCAACUGGCUACUGCUAUAGUAUACCCCCCUAUACUGGCAUCUACUGAUCUAUGACUUAUUGACACAGAUGGGAGCCCAUACGUAAUGCCGGAUAUCCUCAACCAGGCCCCUGCGACGCCCUCCUCAGCCCUCUACGCAACGCACAUCCUCCACCUCCCAAAAGAUCGCAUCUACAUACAUCGCUAUGCCCUCUCUUCAGCUCCUGGUGCGAGUACCAAAGAUGUAGUGGAGGACAAGAUGGCGAAAUUUUGGAGGGAUAUUGCGGACAGAGCUGGUAAUGGAAAAAGACUGCUGGAAGGACCUGUAGCUACGAUCGUUGGGCAAAUUGAACGAGAGUUAUGGUGUUUUGCCUGCAAAGAGGAUGGUAUAUCGCCGCCUGACGGGAUAAAUGAGAUCCAACCGCCCCUUCCCCCCCUGGUCCCUCUCGAGCUCCUUUCAUGCCCCGACCACUCAUCCUCAUACAACUGUCUCUCCGAAUCUUCGUGCGAUGUCACUCUUAACCUUGAAGGAGAAACCCGCAAAGCAUGGGAACUACUGGCGAACGCAUUGAUUGAAACUUUUGCCUGGAAAGGAGGUAGACGUAUAAUACUGAGGGACUCGGGAGUCGUUCCCUUCACGCCGCCUUUCAAACCUUCUCUUUACCCAUUCACAUCUGGCUCCCUCCUUUUAUCCCUCCUUCCUUCCCGCUCCCCAACUUCACUAUUACCCCCGUAUCCGAUUCCUACUCAUACACUCAUUCCCUUAUCUCUCCCAUCCAUCCUUAUCACCACUGUCCUUACACCUACUCCAGCGCAAAUCGCCCGCCUAAAUCAGACAUUCGACACUCUCCUCGGCCCGGGAUGGAAGACAGGUAGAGAGCAAAGGGUAGUCAGGGAAUUUGUCUUUGGAUUUGGCGCAGAGACAGGGACGGUAUCGGAGAUGCAAGAAAAAGGUGGGGAAGAAGAAGGAUGGGGAGUGUUCUGGGUGCCCCUUUUGAAAAAGACCUCUGAAAGCGGAGACAAGGGUGUAUUGACAGUUUGGCCGAUACACCUGGCCCUACCACUUCCUUCAGACUCAUUCAGCCACAAUCCUUCGGCAACGGCAACUCCCCCAUCCACACAGCUGAAACAAUCUGGUCGAACAGAGGAAGGAGAACAGGGUCUAAUGCAAACUGCCUAUUCUUUAUUUGACUUUCUCGCUUCUUAUCGCGAACCAUCCGUACCACCGGAAGGCGAUGGAGGACAACUGGACGAUCAAGAUCCCGAUUACGAUAACGAGCUUAGUCUGGGGGACACCGACGCUGAUAUGAAUGAAACGGAUGGAGAGGGAUUAAACUUGCAGGAAACCGGCAUGGGCGCAGGAGGCGAUAUUGAGAUGGAACCAACACCAAAAGGAGGAUCAGAUAUCGAUGAUCUCUUCUCGUCGUCCUCGCCUACCCCCACACCGAACAUGAAUGUGUCUUCUCAGCCCCAUUCCAACAAAUCCCCACCGCCACAACAAGCUCAAGACGGGAGCAACAACGCACAAGAUGGAGAGGAAGAUUUUAUGAAUUCCCUCGUAUCGGUACGAGACCCGAGUCCUCCGGCGCAAAGCCAGGUGAUGGGGAUAGGAGACAGAGGAAGAGAAAAGGAGGUUGAGGUUGAGAUCACGGAGGAUGAUUUCGCGUUUUUCGAUUCGCCAGCCGCAGAAGAAGGGGAUGGAAUCGGAAUGGAUGUGGAUAUGAGUAUAGACAGUGGAAUCAACCAAUCUGUACCUGAUGGUGCGAUUGACCAUGGGGGUGAGAUUGGCGCAGAGCCGUCAAUAGGGCAAGAGAAAGGACUCUUGGCCGAAGAAAUGGUUAAGACCGCUAGUCCUAAGAUUACGGAGGAGGCCGGACAGGAUGAGUUGACGUUGGUGCCUCUAGUUGGAAAUGGCAUGGAGGUGGAUGGGAUCCCGCCAGAGCCGCUACCCUUACCUUCAGUGGAAACAGCCGCAAAAGAAUUACAACCUCCUCAACUCCCUAUACCACCCCAACCCUCGUCGUCUCCCCCCAUUCUCGAGACAUCACCCAAAACACCCGAACAACUUGCAUCCCAAUCCCCCCAUCUGACCUCUCCCUCCAUUCCUUUAGUACCUGCCGCCGCACCAAGCAACCCUCUUAUCCCAAUAUCAUUCCAACCCCUACCGCUUCUACCCCCCUCACAUUCCUCGUCCUCAUAUCCGUACUGCAGCACCUAUGGCUUCGCUCCUCCAUCUCCUGCUUCGACCCCCGAGUCAUCGCUUCUCGCUCGCCUUACGUCUUAUCAAACACAGUAUCAUAGUCGACCAGGGUCUGAUGCACCUUCCGCCUCUCAAGGUCAGGGGGCGACUCGCAGGCUGUCAUCCAAACCUAAAUCAACAUACGCCGACGCAUGGUUCUCUCUCUCAGGGGGCGAUGACGAUGGUGAUGGAGAGGAUGGUGAUGAAGACGAUAUGGACUCACAGACGUAUACGUGUCCCCCGACACCGAUGUCCCAAAUGGAGGAGAUGACGACAGAGAUAGGGUCUGAUGCUGGCUCGAGUGAUGUAGAUGGGGUUACAGGGACAGACAUCGAUUCUGGAGCAACAGGCCUGAUGGGGGUGAAAGACGAUGAUGGAGAGAUCAAAGAGGAUGAUGGGGAGAUCGAGUGGAAAGGGACAAAAUGUAUUGGCUCUGAAUGGGUGAUUCUCAGAGAUCAUCCUCGCUUGGUUCAACCUAAAGGGGAGGCUGAAAAUGAGAUUGGGUGGAAGGUGGAAAGUGUCUGGGAUGAAGCAUGGGGAACGCUUCCUUCGGCUGUAUCUGGAAAGAAGGACAGUACCAAGGCUAAGGAAAAUUUGAAGGAGAAAAAGGUGAAGGAUGUGAACUGGACUAAGGUGGUGCAAGAGAUUAUUGGCAAUAGGGCUUUCAGGAAGUCAGUACUGGAUCCUGAGGACGAGUAUGAGCAAAGUUCAGCGUGGAUGGGAAGUUUAUUAGAGGGUGAUGCUUUGUGUGAGGUAUUCGGAAGUGAUGUUCUGCCCGUGAACCUCCCGCAACCUCAAGUCAACGCCACCUCGCCUUCGACAGCGCACAUCAUUCGCCUCUCUAUCGCUGCCCUGUCUUACUGGUCACAACUUGGGCUUGAACCGCAAGGGGGGAAGAAAGAUGUGAAGAUGUUCAUUAUUUGCAAAGAUAGUGAUGAGGCGCUGGGCAAAAUGUUGGGGGAAGGCGUGAAAUUGGGUUGGGAGGAAGAGAGAUAUGGGAAGGCUGAGUUUAGUGGCGUCGUCAAGGGCAAGAUGGAGGAUUUUGGAGAGCUAGCUAUUGGAAUCACUGAACAGUCCACCGGCUCGGUGAACACGAUUGUGUACCUCCUCACCCCUCCUUCCCAAAUUCCGCUAAACAUAUAUUCCUCCCUAAUUCCCAAUUCGCCCAAUACUUUACUUAUCCCCGUCCCCACUCCUAGCAACCCAUCUACCUCGUUCGUGCAUGAGCAGUACCUGACCCUUGUGCGCACAGCCUACGAUCGCCUUCCGACGUUUCUUCGUCCCAUAUAUGUCCGUGGGGAACCACUGCGUGUCUCAGAGGAAGAUGCAUGGAUACAAUGCCCCGCAUGGGUGUUGGCAAGAAAGGAAGCCGUAAAGCCAGAGUUUGUCAUGACUUGGCCUGUGGACGAGUACGAUGUCUUGAAUCGGUGGAGGAUGUGGCAUGUAUGUUACGAUGUUGUCUCUUCCACUUCUCUUGGGCCAGGCGCACUUGUUGUGUGGGUGGGGGACGAUAGAGGGGAAACCGGACAUGUGAGAGUCUUUGAAGAUGUUGGCGGAUGGAAGGAGGGGAUGGAAAAGACUUGCGCAUAUGGAAGAGAGAUUGCGGGCAGGUGGAAUCUGGAAUGGAGGCUUAGCGUCUGUCGAGCUGGGAUCAUGGCGAAGGAAGAAUUGCAAGCCUGGAAAGAUAUCCUCAAAGGCAAAACUUGGCCAAUCACACUUUUGACCUCCGAAGCACCAUCGCCAUUGAAUCCAUCUUACCAGAAGACUCCUCCAAAAGUACGAGCGAUAGCAAACAUCGGUCCUUCCAUUCUUUCCGACUCAUCAACUCGCAUUAUCGACACCGCGUUAUCUGCACAACUUACGGUGCUCCCAUUACCUCUUCCCCUCGAGCUCUCGUCUGACAAGGGAAGUCCUCAGAUAAUAUACCCCCGGCGGACAUUCCUUCUGACCACGCCUGCGUUGGACGUGUCUCAACAUUACACGACUAAAUAUCAUAUUUUAAGUCACCAAACCCCGGACGGAAGGAAAGAUCAGGAAGAUGGUGGGAUAGUAGCGGAGAUCGCAGAAGAGUAUCAUAGGCUUGGGUGUUUGGCAAGAGAACGGUGGGAAGGACAAGGCUGGUUGGAUUCAGUCAGAUGGGGUAGAGCAUUGUUGGAGAAGAGAUGAACAUCGACAAACGAUUGUCAGAGUCGCCGCGCUAGCAGCGAAUAUAAAGUUGUAUAAUGUAACAUUUGCAUGCAAUCAAAGGGAAAAAGACGCUUUCAGGUUAACAUUGCCGGUGGAGAGAGAGAUAACAGAGACGCCAUUGGGCGGUAGUCCCUAACUCGACUUCCUUUAUGACCACGAUAGGUGGAGCACCCCAAGGAUUAUUACUAGUAGUAAUAGAUAUAUAACGAC